CAUUUACUGCCCACUAGAAACAAACUUCCUCUAUCUUUGGAGUUUGGGUUCAUGCCGUUCGUCACAGCUGUUCUGCUCCACGUCACUUCACUCCCCAUUGUUUCACUGUUUUGUCUGUGCUUUAGAGUACAGAAUAUUAAUUUCGUCACUAAAGGUUCAACGUGAGAAACCUGAUCUCUCCAAACGAGCAGAACAAAACCCACAAGUGCUGCUUCGAAAGGGCAGACCGUGUCAGGGAACCGCACCUUCGAUCCGGGUUGGCUCAUGUUCUGCAGCUUUAAAGAAACUGCUCCACAAGCACAGUGACAAUGGGAAAGACACAACAGACGCCGAGGCUCAGUCUGAUGCAGGUGGAACCGGUUUGGUUCCCGGGGCUCAGAACUUCCCUCUUUAGGUCCAGUUCUCCAUUAGAUGCCCUCCACCAUCAACACCUUCACAGGAAUUGCAGAUUCUGCUUUGACUGAAUGAUGGUCGGAGAACCGGAAGUCUGGGCCAGUGCUCCAAGUUUGACUUUAUUUUAGUGUAAGGAACAAAACAGACGUUACUCAGGGCAAUGCAAAACUGAAACAUGCAGUUCGUCAAACUCCUGGUUCUGAGCCACGGUGAAGUCCCACAGACCCACAGACAGAGUCGCAUCGGGUGAAUGUGGAGUAGUUGGUCUGUGAUCCGUUUCUUCCACCGAAGGACACAAACCCAGACCCACAAAACGGCUCACUUAACAUUAAAACCUCUGCUCCGAAGAACAGAACUCGGCCCACUACUCCAACAACGCACUGACAGGCCGGUACUUCUGUGCUGAUAGGAUGGGCUCAUUAAUUGCAACUUGGAAUGGACUGGAUAAAGAGUCUUGGUGAGUCAUGGAGAUGAGGCCAUGUUACACAUAUGAACCCAAAUGAUACUGGGGACAGCAGUCUCCAGAAAAGGUACUUAUUCAAAGAUCAAGAUGGACGCCUCGUGACCAAAGUACAGCAGGUCCAGGAUGAGACCCACAUGCUUCCUCAGAUACAACAGCAGAGUGAGGCAGGUCGGGCUCCUGGUCCCAGCCCCUACGGCCUGUGGAGCCACCUGCUUCGAGCAGCGGUCAGCAUGUCGUCUGGCCGGGCUACAAACACAGAAUUCUCGGGUUCAGGCAAAUACAUCUUAAAAAGAUCACUAGUGCAGUCAGAAAACGGGUCCAGGUCAUUUUCAGUGACAAAACAAUCCAGAGGUUUAGCAGAAGCUAAGUAUUCAGCUGCACCUGUCAAAAGCUUCUGACUGCAAAGCUAUGAAAAACCCCGAUAGUUCAGCGUUGUAAGGACACGAACAGGCCCUGACCCCCACGCUCUCCUUUAAAUGUGUUUACGUCUGGGUGGGAUUCACCACAGUUUGCUGGGCGUGAAAAACCUUUCAGACACGAUCCAAGGGCCUGGAUUGGUUCUGGGUUCCGGCCUGAUGCUGCAGGACUCCUCUUGAUCCCAUGCUGCUUUGGCACUAAGUCACAGUCCUUCCUUUGUUUCUCCAUCUUCGGGGGCGAGUCCAAGUUGGCUGUUUUUACAACCCUGUCUUUUCUGUAUAUUUCUCUAGCCACAGGCUGAAUUAUGAGUCACGAUCACACGGUUAUGUUUGCAGACAGACCUGCUGAUGCACUUUGCCUCCAUAAUCUAUGCGUUAUGAUUCUUCCAUCAUGCAGGUGCUGUCCAGAAUCAGAUCUUUUACCUGUUAUGUUUGCUUGACUGUCCCCAGUGUUACAAAAUAGUUUGGAAAACUUUGAAAUCCUUUUUUAUUUAAUUAUUUAGUUAUGUGGCGAACAGUGGUCGUUUUGAUUUAUCUCCACGUCUUGUGGAGCUGAUGUUUCUCUGUCUGACGGGUGCCGGUUUCUCAUAAGGUGUGCGAGUGUCCAUCCACCUAUUUUCAGCUUGAACACAGGUUUAGGUAAAUGGUUAGGGGCAUUGCUGGGUUUUAUGUUUAGCUCCCUGGUAUUUGCCCACCUUGCGUGUCUGUCCCAGUGAACCCAGCUGGUGUCUGUGGGAUCCACUAGAUGCCACUGUUGUACCUGUCCCCACCGCCUGAACCCCCAGGUUAAUUACGCAGCUUUCACUGAGCUCAGUCGUGUAAUUACCCUCACGCAACGUCCCACCCCAUUUUCACCACAGAACAGAAUGACACUAUUAAACGUGUCAUGCUUUUAUUAGCAGCUUAUUAUUACAGAUUAUUUCACAGAGCCUCUAGAGUCUGGUCAGUGUCAGAUCACUGCAGCCAAACUGAAAAGAGCAAACAUCUCGUCCAGGUUAAAUAAGUUGCUCCUUUUUGUGCUCUGAAUUUCACAGGAAAAUAUGAAUGGAUUGACCACCUCGCCUCGAAUUACUGAUUACACUCGAUCAGCAACACGGAAAGUACCUAAAACAGGUAGCUGUGAUUUGGACCUUUGGACCUCAUUUUUGUAGUUGUUUUCUUCUUUUUAUAAUUAAGUUUGACAUUUGACUUUAGUAAAUGUUUCCUCUUUCAUAAAUACUGAUAUGACGCAUCUUUUUCUCUCUGAAUAAAUCUGUACAUGAAGCUUCUCACGUUUCUAAAACUCAUGAAGCUGUUUCCGUGUUCACGUACAGUAAAAUCCCUUUUCUUCCCAGUUACUGUAAAGGCAACGACCUCUCCGCCUACACUUCCCACAGUUCCCCGCCCUCCGUGCCACAGAUCUGCGGCAGCGCCACGUGCCUGUAGAUUUAAAGUGUCUACUACGAAGAGGAGGGGCGGGAAAGUGUGUCACUGGGGCACGAGGCUCUCCUCGCGGUCACAUGGUCCCGUUUUCUGCCGCGUGCUGGAACGGCAGCCUGGUGAAUUCUCAUCCUAGACCUGCAGGGCGCGCGCCCUGUUUGAAAGAAGGUCGAGAGAGAGAGAGAGAGAGAGAGAGAGGUAGAGCAGCGCGUGCGGCAAAUGACAUGUCCUCGUGCUGCUGACUGUCAUCGCCUCAGUAGAACACUAGAGUAAUGCAGUAGAAGCUCCUCGUUCUUUUGAGUUCCAUUCUUUCCGUUUUACUUUGCUUCGUGUUAUGCGAACUGCGGAGCGGCAGUUUUCAGGGUUUUACUCAAGACGCUGCUGCGCGUGAAUCUGCGGGGACUCGUGAUGACAACACCUGCCAUGGACACAAACAACACAGGAGGCGUGAUCUCUUACGUGGGCUCCUGUGGCGGCUCUCCGUCCAGAACCAGUCCAGUGUCCGUGUACAGUGAGAACUCCAACUCCCAGCCCGGCUUCAGCAGCAGCAGCAGCUCCAGUUCAGGCUUCACGGGAGACGACGGCUCCUCUUCUGCUUCCUCUUCGGGAGGUUCCCCUCGAGGCAGAGACGAUGGAGCGUCACCCAGCAAGUCCGUGGCCAGUCUCACCAAGCUCAACGGGAUGGUGCUGCUGUGUAAGGUGUGCGGAGACGUAGCCUCCGGGUUCCAUUACGGCGUCCACGCUUGUGAAGGCUGCAAGGGCUUCUUCCGUCGCAGCAUCCAACAGAACAUCCAGUACAAGAAAUGCCUCAAGAAUGAGAGCUGCACCAUCGUGAGAAUCAACAGGAACCGCUGCCAGCAGUGUCGCUUCAAGAAGUGCCUGUCUGUGGGCAUGAGCCGAGACGCUGUUCGCUUCGGCCGGAUCCCCAAGCGCGAGAAGCAGAGGAUGCUGGCUGAGAUGCGGAGCGCCAUGAACAACGUGGUCAACGACCAACUGCAGAGCGACUUCCAGCUAGCCAGCAUCUCCUCCUCCACUCAGUGCCUGGGGGUGGACACUGACCCACAGCCCCAGCCCAGCCCUCCCUCCCCAUCCCCUCCUGCUCCUGCCUCCUCUUCUUCACCCCCACCCCCCCUCGGUCAGAGCCCCUCCCCCCCUCCUUCCAGCCUCAGGAUGGAUUCCACCAUCCUUGCUGUCGCCCGUGCUCAUCGUGAGACUUUCGUCUAUGCCCAUGACAAGCUCACCAACCCCAACGCAUCACCUCAGCACCAGCACUACAAUAACCACACCCACCACAAUGGUGAGGAGACGGAGCUCUGGGGACCAAACCUUUGCCCCAACGGUAACCAUGCCAACGGCCUCAACACCAUUUAUCAGCACAACAACAACAAAAACAACAACAGCAGAAACAUCACAAAUCAUUACCAUGCCAACGGAAAGAUUAUCCUGCACAACAGUAAUGUGACUGGAGGAGACGAGCAGACGUGUCCGAACCGGACCGGGAUUGUUCUGGCCUGUCCAAUGAACAUGCAGCCCCGUGCCCACCCCCUGAAGACGCCUCAGGAGAUCUGGGAGGACUUCUCUCUGUCCUUUACCCCGGCUGUCAGAGACGUGGUGGAAUUCGCCAAACAUAUUCCAGGAUUCAGCGCUCUGUCCCAAAACGACCAGGUGGCAUUGCUGAAGGCCGGCACCUUCGAGGUGCUGAUGGUGCGCUUUGCGUCGUUGUUCAACCUGAAUGAGCAGACGGUGACCUUCAUCUCUGGUGCCACCUACAGCCUGGCAGAGCUGCAGCUGAUGGGGAUGGGUGAGCUGCUGGGAGCCAUGUUUGACUUCAGCCACAAACUGGCUGCACUGGAGCUAAACACGGAUGAACUGGGACUAUUCACUGCUGUGGUGCUGGUGUCUGCAGAUCGGUCCGGUAUUGAGAACGUGGGCUCGGUGGAACGACUUCAAGAGAAGCUGAUUCAGGCUCUGCGCUCGCUGGUCAACGAGUCGUCUGGUUCUGGCAACGACAAUCACAACACGGACUCGCCGCGCUUCACCAAGCUGCUGCUGAAGCUCGCCGACCUGCGGACGCUCAACAACAUGCACUCAGAGAAGCUGCUGUCUUUCCGCAUCAACGCGUGAUGUUCACCAGCGGCACCAAAUGUGACUGACGGACCAUUUGUAAAUGCUGACGCGAUGAUGUCAGCAGCAACUUGCCACAGCUCACUGCCAAAAAAAGGCCUCCAGCUGCCAGAAGAGUUGCCUGGGUACCACAAUCGUCCUGACCUAAAGGAGCAGUUUGGCCAUUUUAUAAAGCUGCUUUUUGAUUUACCUGAAACAGUUUAAUGAAAAAAAAACAAGACUCUUCCAGCACAAACAGUCUUGAAGUAAAGAGGGAAGUCCAGAACUUCCAAAGUAUUCGUUGACUUGUGCAUGUUGGAAAAACACAAUAAAUAUUCUCAUUAUAUUUGA